AUGCAAAAGAAAGUAGCUAUAGUAGGGGCAGGUGUUAGUGGUCUCCUAGCAUGCAAAUAUACCCUUAGUAAAGGUCAUUACCCCAUAGUUUUUGAGGCACUAGACAUUAGUGGGGGUGUUUGGGCCAAAACAUUAGAAAGAACCAAACUUCAAAGUCCUAAACCAUUAUAUCAAUUCUCUGAUUUUCCUUGGCCUUCCUCGUUGAAUCAACUUUUCCCAACUUGUGUUCAGGUAUUGGAUUAUGUAAAUUCUUAUGCUAAGUAUUUUGAUUUGCUCAGGCACAUUAGGUUUAGUACUAAAGUUAUUAGCAUCAGUUAUGAAGGUCCUUCCAAUGAAGAACUACAGUCUUGGACUCUUUGGGGCGGUAAUGGUGACCCUUUUGGCAACGGGGGUAAAUGGCUUGUCGCGACACAAAACCUCUAUAAUCUUUCAACUGAAGUGAUGGAAGUGGAUCUUGUGAUCUUAUGUGUGGGGCGAUUCAGUGGAGUACCAAAUGUACCAAAAUACCCAACAAAUAAAGGACCUGAAGCAUGUGAAUCUCACGUGAUCCAUUCAAUGGAGUAUUCUGCCUUGGACUACGAAGCUGCCAGAAACUUGGUUAGAGGGAAGCAAGUUACUAUCGUUGGGUUCGGGAAAACAGCCAUGGACGUCGCUAUGGAGUGUGUCAUCGCUAAUGGAUUAGAUAAUCCAUGUACAAUGAUCUACCGGAAUGUGUAUUGGAACGUACCGGAUUACUUCUUGUGGAGAUCACCUCUCGCAUAUUUGUAUCUGAAUCGCUUCGCCGAAGUUUGGGUUCGCAAGCCCAGUGAUGGUUUCCUCAUAGUUCUCCUAGCUUUAAUCUUUUGGUCACUGAAAUGGGCGAUUUGUAAAGUUGUGGAGGGAGAAGUGAAGCGUAUGCAUCGACUAGAGAAGUUGGGAUUGGUACCGGAACGUAGCUUAUUAGAAGAAAUGAAUGCAUGUUUAAUAUCAACAGUUCCACAAGAAUUUUAUGACAAAGUUGAGGAAGGGAGCAUCGUUUUACAGAAAUGUUCUAGGUUUCAUUUUUGCAAAGAGGGGAUCUUGCUUAGCAAUAAUGAACUUGAACCGCCCCGACUCGUCAACAACGACUUGGUCAUUCUUGCUACUGGUUUCAAAGGAGAACAAAAGCUCAAACACAUUUUUUCAUCAACCAAAUUUCAGGACUAUAUUAUGCCCCCUAAUAUCAAUACCCUUGUUCCACUAUACAGGGAAUGUAUACAUCCGCGAAUUCCACAACUAGCGAUAAUAGGGUUUUCAGAUAGUUUAGCAAAUCUCUAUUCCUCGGAGUUGAAAUGUCGUUGGUUGGCAGAACUAUUUGGAGGGAAAUUCAAGCUGCCAAGUAUUCAAGACAUGGAGGAAGAUAUAUUAACCACGGAAAAUUUAAUUGCGAAAAAUUCAGAGAAUCGUGAUAGCAAGACUUGCAUUGGAGCUCUCCACAUCUGGUAUAAUGAUCAACUUUGCAAAGAUAUGGAUUGGAAUCCAAAAAGAAAGAACGGAUUUUGGGCCGAGUGGUUUGAGCCUUAUGGUCCCAUGGAUUACACCCAAUCAUAGGUUAGUUGAGUUGCAUAAUUGCAUUGAGUUGUUCAGUUGUUAGUCCGUAUUAAUAUGAACAUGAUUUUUUUUUAAUUAUUAUUUAUUUUUUAUUUAUACUACCUUUGUUAAUUUUUAUGUGCAACUUUGGAACAUUUUAUAUCUCACAAAUAAUACUCCAAAAUUGCACAUAAAAAUUAACAGAGAUAGUAUUUAGAGAACCACAAGGACGAGUGAUGAGAAUUGAUUUUAAAAGGUGGAAAAGAGCUCUAACCACUUAAUCUAUUCAGUACUCAUUCUCAAAUAAACAAGAAUGAAUAUGUAUAUGCUUUGUAGUUGAAAUAAAAUUAGCAUAUAGUACAAUUGUUAUACUUCCUAUUUCUAUUUAAAGGUUGUACUUUUUGACAUUAUUACCCUUUUUGUGAUGAGUUGUCAUCUUUUUCUCCUUUUCUUUUUUUUUGUACUUUUAAUAUUAAUUUCCAACAUUUUUUCUCUCUAUCUCUUCAAUUAUUCCCAACUACUUUUUCUGUCUCUUUAUUUCUCUCUAACCCUACAUGCACAUAUGUACUUUAAAUCAUUUUUAGGAAAUUUACAACUUUUUUUAAUUCCCGCGUAAAAAAUCCAAAGAAGCAUUGUAUUAUGAGAAGGAGCGAGUAAUAUAAUAAAAAUUAAAGCGUUUCUAAAAACGUUUAUGUGCCACGUAAACGACGGU